UAUCAGUUCUUCCCACUUGAUUUGAUCUCAAAUGUUAUUUCGUGCUUUGAAGAAAAGCUGGACUUUUAACUGACUCCCUGCUUCUCGGGCUCUCUUUAUGCACUGACAGUUGGCUGCACACUACAGAAGAAUUAGUCUGUUCUUAAACUAAUUGGCAAUAAUGUUCUGUAACAAAAUUGUUUUCCUUAGUGUUGGAUUUGCUAUUGGUCUGGUUUUGAUGAUAAUUGGAGGUAUACUGAUCCCAAUUGGCGAUAAGAUUAUCCAAGAUACUAUAAAUAAGGAAGGUGUUCUUGAAGAAGGCACCCUUGCAUACGAAAACUGGAUACAAACUGGAAGUCCUGUCUACAGGCAGUUCUGGCUUUUCAAUGUGAAGAAUCCAUCAGAAAUUAUGAACCAUGGAGCUAAACCUGUGGUUGAACAAAAAGGACCCUAUACCUACAGGGUACGGCAGCUCCCAAAGGACAACAUUACUAUAAAUGAUAAUCAUACAAUAUCAUACCAACAGCCUUAUUCAGCCGUAUUUCAGCCUGACAUGUCUGCUGGCUCAGAAGAGGACAGAAUCAUAGCUCUCAACCUUGCUGCUGCAGCUGUACAAUCUUUGCUUCCUGAGCAAAUUCAUGGUUUUGUCAAUAUCCUUUUGAAAAUGGCAAAGGCCUCUUUGUUCCAGAAUAGGACAGUGGCUGAAUUACUUUGGGGAUAUGAAGAUCCAAUACUGAAACUGGCACAUUUCAAAGACACGAUUACUGGUAUAUUUUACCCAUACAAUGGAUCAUCAGAUGGAAUUUAUAACGUGUACACGGGAAAAGAUGACAUUAGCAAAGUUGCAAUCAUUGACCGCUGGAUGAACAAGAAAAAACUGACUUUCUGGAAUGAUUCAUACUGUGAUAUGAUCAAUGGCACAGAUGCAAGCUCUUUUCCACCAUUUGUUCAUGAUAAGAAGAAAUUAUACUUUUUCUCAUCUGACAUUUGUAGAUCCAUCUUUGCAGAAUAUGAACAGAAGCAAAUUCUGAAGAAUAUUCCUGUUCAUCGUUUUGUUGUUCCUCCUCAAGCUCUUGCAUCUUCUGUUGAGAAUCCUGACAAUCACUGCUACUGCAAAGAUAUGAGCGUUUCAGAAAAUUGUACCUUUGGAGGAAUUCUUGGUAUUAGUGUUUGCAAAGAGAACAAACCGAUUUAUAUUUCACUCCCUCACUUCCUAUACGCAAGUGGUCAAAUCGUGAACGCAAUUGAUGGGAUAAAUCCCAAUAAGGAAGAGCAUCAAACCUUUCUGGACGUGGAACCUGUCACUGGAUUUACUUUGAGAGUUGCUAAACGAAUACAAAUCAACUUAAUGUUUAAACCAUCAAAGGAAAUUGACAUAUUAAAGAAUAUCAGGAAGCCAACAUAUUUUCCACUUGCUUGGCUUAAUGAGACAGGAACUGUUGAUGAUGAAACUGCAGGGAUGUUCAGAAAUUCUCUAACAAUACCCAUGAAAGCACUCGGUAUUGUUCAGUUAACCCUGAUAUGUGUUGGAAGCCUGAUUGUCGUCACAUGCACAGUUGCUCUCUGUAUAACUUCAAGCAAUGGAAAGUAUUUGAAUAGGUAAUAAAGAAGAAUAUAAGAGUGGAAACGUUUAAUCCUAUUUGAUGUUCUGAAUGUGAUGAACAACAGUACCGAUAGCUUGAAAUACCUACAGAAUACAUGUUGAGAAGAUUGCUGAUUUUUGUAAAUGUUAGUUUUUAGUGGCAAAUGACUAAUAUUAGGACUGCACAUUGUGCACGUUUUUCAGUAAAUUCUGUGAAUCUUAGUUUGGGAGAUGGUGCAGUGGGAAGGGAAGGAACCGAAUGUAUUUGAGGGAUAUAGUUCAGUUAUUAUAUAUCAUAAUUCCUAAUAGUAAUCAGGUUCUUCACAUCCUGCCAACAGCACUGCAGCUUCAAGAUGUCUGAAAACAAAAAGUAUAAUUCCAAUAACAAACAUUAUGAACUGUACAAAAAUUGAUUUUACUAUGUGUCUUCAACAUAUGUUUCCUGAGGAGAAAACCUACUAUGCAUUAUCUUUUUAAAAAAGCUAUCUACUUGCAUUUGGAGUUCAGUACAUUUCACUGAUAUUCAUAGCAGAAUACAUCUAUCAAUUUUAAUUCUUAUUAAUGGAAAGAUUUCCCCUUUAUAUGUGCAUGGGUGAUAGAACAUGUAAUGAGAUUAGUAAUUACUUCUUAAAAAAAAUCCAGAGACUUCAUGAAAUCUCUACCAUCUCUAGUAGCAUUCCCAGCUACUCCAUAAUUUUAUAAAUACCACCUAUUUGUUCAGGAAGUAUAAUAAUUACACAGAAGUUGAAAACUACCAUUUCUUCUACUCAAGGUAUUAUGGUGUAGUUUCUUGCUUCAGACCAUAAUGAAAAAAUAACAACAUAGAGCGAGAGUAUAUAUCUUUUUAUGUUUUUUUUCAAAAUUAGACAGAUUUACUGUAACUGAAAUUAUAACGUUAUACAAAGUCAGAAUUUCCCUGUGUUUGAACUUAUACACACUAUCACUUUCGGGCAAAUCUGGCUAUUUCACUAAUUUAAAAUCGCCCUUAUUCUUUUGUUCAGCUUCAGUCAAGAAAACCAAGAUAUCUCUAAUCACUGUAAUUUGAAAUUAAUUUAUUCUGUCUUCAUAAAAUCAGAAAUAUCAAAAUUUUAGUCCCUUGUUACUCUUCUGGAUAAGUAGGGUGAAGCCAUUCACUAUUGGAUAAAAAAUAGCAGAGAUUAAAUGCUGGUUAGACAGAGUCCAGGCAUGUCUUGUUCAAGUCAGAGUUUUAAUUCUCCUUACAAUCAACAAAAUCAGCAACACUGAUUACUUGACUCUCACCCAAACUCAGUCUCAUGCUCACACAAUUGUCUCGAAAGGUAAAUAUCACCUAUUCCUUAGUUCCAUUUGGUCUCAGGCAUCCCUUCAGAUGCUACUAGAUGAUAUAAGUAAGGGAAGGCAGUUCACUACUUCACAUAAAUCCAGAAGCCCAUUUUAGGCCUACCAAAACUCAUGAGGAAGUUAGAGUUCAAAUGAAAAUGAAUAUUAAAAGUCAAUCUCUUGUUCUUUGGCAAUUCAGCUUCUAGAUCACUGAUCUGCUAUGUAAUGUCCUGAAAUGUUGCUUUGGUUCCUAUAUGACUAACUAUUGCAGAGGUUAUUUGUGGGCUCUUACAAUGGAGACUAUUUUAUAAACAAUAAUUAGUUUCUAAAUCAGUCAAGAUCCCUUUUCCAUUCUAAAUGUCAAGUCAAUUGUAUAUUUCACAUCUAAUGUGUGGAGUUCAGAUUUAGACAUGCAUUUAUUCUCUGCCUCUGUUUUCAGAACAUGUGUAAUAAUAUUCCAUGGAGAAAGAGUAAGUGAAAACAAUGUAGUGAGGGACAAACAGACUAUUAUUGCCAAUGGUGUAAAAAUAAUUGUGUGGGCAUCAUUAGUUUAACUGACUGUUGUAUGUGUUAUUACAUCACCAAGUGUUUACUUCUUAAUACAGUUGGUAACACUGCCUACUUAUAAACCCAGUGUAGUAUUGCAGGACGAAGCACUUUGAGAUGUAUUGCAUUGAAUUAAAUAAAUCGUGCUUGAAAGUUCA